AUGUCAUCCCCUUCCACCAUUGCAAGAAGGCCGGUGCCAGGAGCAGAGUCGAGGACCAGCUUCGCCUGUCUGUCCAUGCACAUGACGGACCGAAUCCGGCUGAUGAGGUUUCCAGCUCAUAUGGUACCUCAGAUAAUAGAGAUGGUUCGCACCGGUUGGCCAAAGGGCAUCAAUGCUCCGCGUGAAUAUGGCCAAUCCCUUGAGAUCAAGUUGAACGGAAACCCGUGGUCACCGCACUCCUGGGGAGAGUCUAAGGUGGAUGCUCGUCGGUUGGUAACAAGGCUCCUCGACGGGCUAUACCUGCGAGGCUGGAUUAUAAAGGCUUCUGUAGAUAUAGGACAUGUCGAUAGCUUAUUCUUCCGCUAUCAACAGCCAGCUCCGCCGCCAUGUAUAUGGACGAGCAUCUCCUUCCACAACUCAGAUAGACUGCGCAUCGUCGAUGCCCCGACAGGCUUUGGACUGAUACUUGCCGAUGCUCUAGGUCCAGAUGUUGAAAACUGCCAGGUGAAGGGUACUAUGUUCGAGAUAAAGCUUCACGGGAACCCCUGGCGAGCAGUUGGCACGAAGACGGUGCAGACCCGGGUUAUCCUCCUGGCCGUCAUGGACGUUCUUGAGCAACAAGGAUUCAGCCUCUAUGCCACCAUCAACCACAACAGCAGGCGCUCCAAGGACUCAAGCACCGCAGAGGCUGAUACGUGGUACUGCAACCGACGUCUCGACUGGAAACCGGGCGAGUUUGUCUACCACGGGUAG